CUGUGACGUGGGCUAUGACCGCAUCCUGUGUGGCGGAGGCCUGGGCCUGCGUGCGGGCCGGAGGCGGACGUCGGAGCCCCACAGCGAGGGACCUGGUACCCGCUCCUGGAGGCACGCGAUGAGCCGAGAUGGCAGGCCUGUCUGUUCCAGAUUCUGCCUGUCUCCAAGAUGCAUAUUCCCUACUCCCAUCAAUCAGUUUUCAAGAAUCAGUGACCUUCAAAGAUGUAGUCGUAGAUUUUACCCAGGAAGAAUGGCAACACUUGGAUCCUGAUCAGAGAGAUUUGUUCAGAGAUGUGACCCUGGAAAAUUAUACACACCUGGUCUCUAUAGGGCUCCAGGUCUCUAAACCUGAAGUGAUUUUCCAGCUGGAGCAGGGGACAGAGCCAUGGGUCGAGGAGCCACAUCUUCCUCUCGGUACCUUGGCAGACUGGGAGAUAAGGCCUGAAAAUGGCGCGUCAGCCUCACACCUGGGCACUUCUGAAGGUGUGGUGGGAAGAUGCGGAAGGGUCGAUUCCUGGAGCUCCACUGAGUUAGAUUUGUGGACACCUGGGAGCAGUUUCAAGAGUUGGCCGGCAGGCCAGCACACACAGCCAAGGGAAACAGAAGUACCUGAGAAGAUAGCACCUGCCUGUGAGAGAGGCCUGGCAAGUACUGGCUCUGAAGACAGCACUGGGGCAAGGUCAGACCCUGCAGCCCAGCAAGAGGCACUUCCAGGACAAACCUCUACGAAAGCCAGUGGUAAACAGAAGUCCCCCCCAGUCAGGAAGGAGAAGCUGUGCAAAUGCAGUGAGUGUGGGAAAGCCUUUACGUACUGCUCAGCUCUCAUCCGUCACCAGAGGACUCACACCGGGGAGAAACCUUACAAGUGCAAUGAAUGUAACAAAGCUUUCAGCCGCAGUGAGAACCUCAUCAACCACCAGAGAAUUCACACUGGCGACAAGCCAUUCAAAUGUGACCAGUGUGGGAAAGGGUUCAUUGAGGGCCCGUCUCUCAUUCAACAUCAAAGAAUUCACACUGGAGAGAAACCCUACAAAUGUGAUGAAUGUGGGAAAGCCUUUAGCCAAAGGACCCAUCUUGUUCAGCAUCAGAGGAUUCAUACUGGUGAGAAACCAUAUACUUGUAAUGACUGUGGAAAAUCCUUUAGCCAGAGAGGCCACUUUAUGGAGCACCAGAAAAUUCACACAGGAGAGAAACCUUUUAAAUGUGAGGAAUGUGAGAAAACCUUCACCAGGAGCACACACCUGACCCAACAUCAGAAAAUUCACACUGGAGAAAAAACCUAUAAAUGUAAUGAAUGUGGGAAAGCCUUCAACGGGCCCUCCACGUUCAUCCGUCACCACAUGAUCCACACUGGAGAAAAACCGUAUGAAUGCAAUGAAUGUGGGAAAGCCUUCAGCCAGCACUCCAACCUUACUCAACAUCAAAAAACACAUACUGGGGAGAAACCUUAUGAUUGUGCAGAGUGUGGAAAAUCAUUUAGUUACUGGUCAUCCCUUGCUCAGCAUCUGAAAAUUCAUACAGGUGAAAAGCCUUACAAAUGCAGUGAGUGUGGGAAGGCCUUCAGUUACUGUUCAUCCCUUACACAGCACCGAAGAAUUCACACCCGGGAAAAACCCUUUGAAUGCAGUGAGUGUGGGAAGGCUUUCAGUUAUCUCUCAAACCUCAAUCAGCACCAGAAAACUCACACCCAGGAGAAAGCGUAUGCGUGUAAGGAGUGUGGGAAAGCCUUCAUCCGGAGCUCAUCUCUUGCUAAGCAUGAGAGAAUUCAUACUGGAGAAAAACCUUACCAGUGUCAGGAAUGUGGGAAAACCUUCAGCUACGGCUCCUCUCUUAUUCAGCACAGGAAAAUCCAUACUGGAGAAAGACCUUAUAAGUGCAAUGAAUGUGGGAGAGCCUUCAACCAGAAAAUACACCUUACACAACAUAAAAGGAUUCACACCGGAGCAAAGCCCUAUGAAUGUCCCAAGUGUGGUAAGGCCUUUCGACAUUGCUCAUCUCUUGCUCAACAUCAGAAAACUCACACAGAAGAAAAACCCUACCAGUGUAAUAAGUGUGAAAAGACAUUCAGUCAGAGCUCCCAUCUGGCUCAGCACCAGCGAGUGCACACGGGAGAGAAGCCCUACAAGUGCAACGACUGUGGCAAAACCUUCAGCCGGAGCGCACAGCUGACCGAGCACCAGUGUGCUCACCCUGGAGAGAAGCCUUCCGGCGGCGCCAGUGAGUGCAGGAAGACCACGGGCCUCCCUCAGCAGCAGAGAGCUCACUCAGGAGAGAAGACCUCUGGGUAUGAUGACUGUGGAAAGGCCUUCAGGUACCGCUGCACUCUCUCCAGACCUCAGAGGCCACACCCCAGCAUGACUGCCUUUGGAACGUCAUGAACGGUUGACCGUGUGUCCUGUUAAGUAGGGACUGCAUGAAGUGCUCUGACCUUUCCUGUCACACUACGGGGUGGAGAGUACUUGGUCUGCACUGAUCAAGGGUCACUAAACACUUUGUGACACUGGAAAGCUCAGCCAUUUAAAGCUUUGUUUCCUCUGUGAAAUUCUAACUUUGGAGUAAAUGGUUUGAAAGGUGGUUUGUAGUUUUAUACUCAGUUUUAUACUUUACAAUAUAUUCGUCAGUGGUUUACUAUUCAUCGGCAUUUUGUGUUGCAUCUCGAGUGCAUACUUGAUGCAUGCUUUGCUCAUAGCCAGAAUUUGUGCUCUGGUGACUGGAGGUCUGCUCUACUCCUGUUCCGAUACACUUACAGUGUUCAGGUAACUGGUUGCGAAUAAAAAUAACUGCACAGUA